UUUGAAAUCUGUUUUUUGCAAAAGAUGUGAAAUUCAAGGCACAAACUUUUCAUCUCUGAACAUUUUAAGCUAUCUUGCUCCAUAUCCUAGCAAAAUUCUAAAAACUGAUUUUUCAAUCUGAACAAAACCAAUAGAUUCACACGUGAAAACGGUGUGAAUAUAAUAACAACAACUAAUUUCACAAUACCGCGCAAAAAGCUAGUGCUCGUAAAAAAAUUAAUUAUUUAAGAAAGUACGGGAUAAUUUGUGAAUAGUAUGUCUCUAAACUAUUCAUUUGACCAGAAUUAUGAUAGUGACGAUGAAGACAAUGACCAGAAAUUCGUGUAUGAUGGAAAAGAUAUUGUGCUGUUCGUCAUUGAUGUGUCUAAAUCUAUGUUUGAGAAGGUUGUAGAUACAGAUACCGAAGAGAAAACAUCACCAUUUGAUGUUACUUUGAGUGCACUGGAUCUUGCAUUUCGUGAAAAAGUUCGGCGAUCAGUCAAGGAUCUGAAUGGCAUAAUAUUCUUUAAUACGGAGAAAUCACCAGAUCCGAAAGAUGCCAUGGAUUCAUCAAUUAUUGCACCAAGCAACUGUGCUGUAUUUUUGCCUUUACACAAAGUGGAAGCAGAUUCAAUUCGUUAUAUCAAAAAUACUAGAGAAUCUGAUGACUUUAAUGACUUUGAUAACAGAUAUGGUCAUUCAAAUAAGGCAAAAAUCAGUGAUGUUUUAUGGCUCUGCAACUCAGUCGUGUCUCAUUGUGGAUCAAAAGUUCAUUCUCUCACUGUUUUCUGGAUAACAGACAAUCCAACUCCACAUGAAAUUAACACAGUUCAUUAUAACGAAGCAAUGGAAAAGGCAAAAGAUUUACAGUAUUUAGAAAUGCAUUUUGAGUUAUGUCCAAUGCUUCGUGAUCUUGACAUUGAAGAGUUCUAUACAGAACUUAUGUCUAAAGUUAUGAAUACAGAAAUUGAUGCGCUUGAUCCAACAUUUACAUUUGACGUGCAGACAUUAAAGACUAAAUUUAUGCUUCAUGAUCCUCGCUGUCGAGCAUUGUCGUACCUAAAUGUUGAAAUAUCCGAUAAAGCUCAGUUCGGUGUCGGUAUAUAUUCUCAAUUAAGUGUUACUAAGGAACCAAAGCCAGUGUUUGUUGAUCGAAAGUCUAAGGAAAUUAUUCGAUCACAUCGUAACUUUAAAUUUGGUAAAAUUGAAGAAACUGAGAAUGAUAUUGAAGCAGAAAUCAAUUUUGAUCAGAAAUUAACAGCAGAUAAGUCUGUAAAGUACCUAGAAAUUGGUGGCAAGAAAGUCAAAUUUACACCACUUGAAGUUUACGAAAUGAAGCAAGUCAUGCUGCCAAAGAUCAAAAUUUUAGGCUUUAAGCCAACGGAAUCAUUCAAUCCAAUAACACAUAAACGCAGAUGCUAUUUCAUCUAUCCAACUGAUAAGCACAUUAAAAAUUCCACAAAAAUGUUUCGUACUUUAUGGGAAACUUGUCUUAAAUUUAAUAAAAUUGCAUAUUGUGCCUUUUCAAUGCGAUACAAAAGUUACCCAGAAUUAGCUGUCAUGAUACCCGUUCAAGAGAAUGAGGACCUAUAUACAAAUGAUGGCUUUCUAUUAGAGUUUUUACCUUACACUGAAGACAUUCGAGAUGUCUCAAAAUAUAUUGUUAAGGAAACAGAUGACGAAGAACAAAUUGAUAAGGCAAUGGCAUCUGUAAUGUCAAAAUUAACUGUCAAUUAUGAUCCAAUGUACUUUAGAAAUCCAAUAAUUGCUAAAAUCUACAACUUUUUAGAGGAAAUGGAGUUUGAUGAAGAACCACAAGUAUUUGACGAUCCAACCAUGCCUGAUACUGAUUUACAGGAACGGAGAAUCGCCUCGUACGUAAAAAUAUUGGAAGAAUUAUAUGAUGGAUUUGAUGAUGCUCCAACAACAAAAAGGAAAGCUGCAAAGAGUAGUGAUGGACCGCCAGCAAAGAAAAAUGCUCCUGCAGACAUAAAUUUUGAUUUAGUUCAUGAAUUAUGCAAGAAGAAUGACACAAAGAACCUGACUAAUGACACGCUUAAGGAAUAUUUAAAAAGUAAAAAUGUUACGGGUUUGUCGAAGUUAAAGAAGUCAGAUUUGAUACAAUUGGUUGCCAAUAAUCCUUAAAAAUUCGUUAAUUAUUAAAGCUGCAACCAAUUUUUAAAAGUUUCCUUAUAAAUAAACUGAUACUUUUUUUGCCAUUGAUCAUCUUUGAA